AACUUGCACUGGCAAACUAGAUGCAAGUUCGGGUUGGGUUCCAUCAUCCGCCCAAGAGCGAGUCGCCAAGCGGUCGAGCCGAGGUCACGUGUCUUGUAGAAGGUCACCGCUGUGACCGUGACCGGAGUGCGUGUCCUAGAUGGGAACGCCUGUGUGCGCUCGCAGAGGGAAGGUCCCUGAGCAACAUGGGAAAUGGUUCAGUGAAACCCAAACAUUCCAAGCAUCAAGAUGGCCACUCAGGGAACCUCAGCACUGAAGCCCUGAGGAGCAAAGUGGCCGAGCUGGAGAGAGAGCUGAGGAGAAAGGACGCUGCGAUCCAGGAGCGGGAGUAUCACUUGAAGGAGCUGCGUGAGCAGCUGUCCAAGCAGACUGUGGCCAUUGCUGAGCUCACAGAAGAGCUGCAGAGCAAAUGUAUCCAGCUGAACAAGCUGCAGGAUGUGGUUCACGUGCAGGGAGGGAGUCCGCUCCAGGCCUCUCCCGAUCGAGUGCCCCUGGAGGUCCACCGCAAGACCUCAGGCUUGGUCUCUCUCCAUAGCCGGAGGGGAGCAAAGGCUGGGGUGUCUGCUGAGCCAACAACCCGAACCUAUGACCUCAACAAACCUCCCGAGUUUUCCUUUGAGAAAGCCAGAGUCAGAAAAGACUCCAGUGAGAAAAAGCUCAUCACGGAUGCGCUUAAUAAAAACCAGUUUCUGAAGAGACUGGAUCCUCAGCAGAUCAAAGACAUGGUAGAGUGCAUGUAUGGCAGAAACUACCAGCAGGGCAGCUACAUCAUCAAGCAGGGAGAACCAGGAAACCACAUCUUUGUGUUGGCAGAGGGUCGACUAGAGGUGUUCCAAGGAGAAAAACUGUUAUCAUCCAUCCCGAUGUGGACCACAUUUGGGGAAUUAGCUAUUUUAUACAACUGUACAAGGACUGCCUCUGUGAAAGCUAUUACCAAUGUUAAAACUUGGGCACUUGAUCGAGAAGUUUUCCAGAACAUUAUGAGGAGGACAGCACAAGCUAGAGAUGAACAGUACAGGAACUUUCUCAGAAGUGUAUCCUUGCUGAAGAACUUACCUGAAGAUAAACUAACUAAGAUCAUUGACUGCUUGGAAGUGGAAUACUAUGACAAAGGAGAUUACAUCAUCAGAGAAGGUGAAGAGGGAAGCACCUUUUUCAUUUUGGCAAAAGGGAAGGUAAAAGUCACGCAGAGCACAGAGGGCCAUGAUCAGCCUCAGCUGAUCAAAACCCUGCAGAGAGGGGAGUACUUUGGAGAAAAAGCCCUGAUCAGUGAUGAUGUCAGGUCUGCUAAUAUUAUUGCUGAAGAAAAUGAUGUCGCAUGCCUGGUUAUAGAUCGAGAAACAUUCAACCAAACUGUUGGAACAUUUGAAGAACUCCAAAAAUACCUUGAAGGAUAUGUGGCCAACCUGACCCGUGAUGAUGAGAAAAGACAUGCAAAGCGGUCCAUGUCUAACUGGAAGCUGUCCAAAGCUCUUUCUCUGGAGAUGAUUCAGCUGAAGGAGAAGGUGGCCAGAUUUUCCUCAUCCUCCCCAUUCCAGAACCUUGAGAUUAUCGCAACACUGGGCGUUGGUGGGUUCGGAAGAGUUGAGCUUGUUAAGGUUAAAAAUGAGAAUGUUGCUUUUGCUAUGAAAUGUAUAAGGAAGAAGCACAUUGUGGACACAAAGCAACAGGAGCAUAUCUACUCAGAAAAGAGAAUCCUGGAGGAGCUAUGCUCUCCUUUCAUUGUGAAAUUAUAUCGGACUUUCAAGGACAAUAAAUAUGUAUACAUGCUUCUGGAAGCCUGCUUAGGUGGGGAGCUAUGGAGUAUUUUAAGGGACAGGGGCAGCUUUGAUGAACCAACCUCUAAAUUCUGUGUGGCUUGUGUGACAGAAGCAUUUGAUUACCUGCACCGGCUAGGGAUUAUCUACAGAGACCUGAAGCCAGAAAACUUAAUUCUAGAUGCCGAGGGCUACCUCAAGUUGGUGGACUUUGGAUUUGCUAAGAAAAUUGGUUCUGGACAGAAAACAUGGACGUUCUGUGGUACUCCAGAGUAUGUAGCUCCCGAGGUCAUCCUCAACAAAGGCCAUGACUUCAGUGUGGAUUUUUGGUCCUUGGGAAUUUUGGUGUAUGAGCUCCUCACUGGCAACCCACCCUUCUCUGGGAUAGACCAAAUGAUGACCUACAAUUUGAUUCUCAAAGGGAUUGAAAAAAUGGAUUUUCCCAGAAAAAUAACAAGGCGACCUGAGGAUUUGAUUCGGAGGCUUUGCAGGCAAAAUCCAACAGAAAGGCUUGGAAAUCUGAAGAAUGGAAUCAAUGAUAUUAAGAAGCACAGGUGGUUAAAUGGUUUUAACUGGGAGGGACUGAAAGCACGGAACCUUCCCUCACCUUUACGAAGAGAGCUCAGUGGACCUAUAGACCACAGCUACUUUGACAAAUAUCCUCCUGAAAAGGGAGUACCUCCCGAUGAGAUGUCAGGCUGGGAUAAAGACUUCUGAUGGAAGAAAAAGUGAUUCCUGCCCAAACACCAUAAACAAGAACUGUGAGGACCAAUAAUCCAACAUUGAUUAUCUCUCUUCAGAGAACUGUGAGAUCUUUUGGAAGACCCUUAGGCUGAAGAAAGCCAUGCCUCCAUGUUGAGAGGAAGUAGUCUGGAUGUGGUUCAGAAAGACAGUGUCACACUUGGACACUGUGCAAGUCUCAGGUUGUCUCCUUCUACUUCCCAUGAUCAUAGCCAUUGUGUAAGUGUGACAGCUUUCUCUGAAAUCCAUUUGUCCUCCCCAAUCUCACUCUUCUGCGUUGAAUCCCAACACAACUUCACAAGGAUCGUGCUUAGGAGCCACCGAGUAAUAUAACAGAAGGAAGAAUACAAAUAAAUUUUGGAAGAUUUCUUAAGAACUCCACAACUCCAUCUCUGCAUGAUGACACCUUCAAAGGAUGGUCUACAGAAAUCAUGGUAGUCGAAAGAAGUCCAUGAACUUUAUUCCUUUCAACCUAAAAGUAAACUAAAAUCUUUCUGAUACCAGUUUGGUAGGGCAAAUUUUAAUUUUGUUAGUGA